GCGGAGCACGCCGGGCCGCGCUUUGACUGCCGGGAAGGGGCGGAGCGCGGCCGCGCCGGCGCGUCGAGCCAGAAGCAGCCGCCGGGAUGGACGUGUUUCUCAUGAUCCGGCGCCACAAGACCACCAUCUUCACGGACGCCAAGGAGUCGAGCACCGUGUUCGAGCUGAAGCGCAUCGUCGAGGGCAUCCUCAAGCGGCCGCCGGACGAGCAGCGGCUGUACAAGGACGACCAGCUCCUUGAUGACGGGAAAACUCUGGGCGAGUGUGGCUUUACUAGCCAGACAGCACGGCCACAGGCCCCUGCCACAGUGGGCCUGGCCUUCCGAGCAGAUGAUGCCUUUGAAGCCCUGCGCAUUGAGCCCUUCUCCAGCCCUCCAGAGCUUCCAGAUGUGAUGAAGCCACAGGAUUCUGGAGGCAGUGCCAAUGAACAAGCUGUGCAGUGAGGGCCCCAGGGCCACCCCCUAGAGACCCAUUCCCCCCAAUAAAAAAAAGAUUUGGCUGUCUAUCUGGCUCAUUUUUCUCUUGCUCACUUUUCAGAAAGCUUACAAGACCAUCCUGUUCUCUGGCCAAACUGAACACUAGGACUGAAAACCCAGCCUAGGCCAGUCUGUUGGCCAAGAGACUCCAGAGUUUCUCUGUACAGCUUUGGCUGCCCUACAACUCAGCUCUGUAGAAGCUCUGCUUCCCU